AGUAGCUGUGGACAUGUCAGUGAACUGACAGUAAUGCUAACUGCUAACUUGGCCCUAGUAGUUAGUGAGUUAUUAAAACAGUGUCCGGGAGCUUAAAGGAGUGAUUGUACCACACGGACCCUCGCCUGGCUUGUGUAGAGGGGUUGUAAAGCAGUAAAACAUCACGGAUCUCUGGACCUUUGGUAUCUGACAGAAGCUGGUUAGCUAGCAUUAGCUCCCGAAAAGUAACGUCAGAGCUUGUUUCUUACAGUCAUGUCUGCGGCCGGAGACUUUGGAAAUCCCUUAAGAAAAUUUAAAUUGGUCUUUCUCGGGGAGCAGAGCGUGGGAAAGACGUCGCUGAUCACCAGAUUCAUGUAUGACAGCUUCGACAACACUUACCAAGCCACAAUAGGAAUAGAUUUCCUGUCGAAAACCAUGUACCUUGAAGACAGAACAAUCAGGUUGCAGCUGUGGGACACGGCAGGGCAGGAGCGAUUUCGUAGCUUGAUCCCAAGUUACAUCAGAGACUCUGCUGCAGCUGUUGUAGUGUAUGACAUCACAAAUGUUAACUCCUUCCAGCAAACCACAAAAUGGAUUGAUGAUGUGAGAACGGAGAGAGGAAGUGAUGUCAUUAUCAUGCUGGUGGGAAACAAGACAGACCUUGCAGACAAAAGGCAAGUAUCUAUUGAAGAGGGUGAGCGGAAAGCCAAAGAACUAAAUGUAAUGUUUAUUGAGACUAGUGCGAAAGCAGGCUACAACGUAAAGCAGCUUUUCCGUCGUGUGGCGGCCGCCCUGCCUGGCAUGGAUACCACACAGGACAAGAGUAGAGAGGACAUGAUUGACAUUAAACUGGAGAAGCCACCAGAGCAACCCGUCACUGAAGGAGGCUGUGCCUGUUAAUGCUGGCCUAUCAUCACUAAAUAAUUUCUCUCACUGGCUUUUUCUCAUCCCCGGUCAUUUUUCUGUGUCUACCCUUCACUACACUUGUCUCUUUUCAGCAGCCUGAAAGACAACACUACAUCCGUUAUCUUUGCCAUUGUGGAAACCUGCUCUGAAAGUCAUAAACCCUUUGAAAUGAAAUAUCUGUGCUGUAACACACAUACAUUGAAACAGUAUUCAGAGCUGGAGCUUAGGCGUCUUUACUGGACUCCGGCUAAAUCGUUUGCGUCUAAAGAUGACUUUUUGAACCAAACUGAAAGAAAUGUGUGUCUAAGACAUCAAGUCAAAGUAUGUGUUAAAGAGUGAGAAUAUCCUUUAUAAAGUUAUAUAUUGCUUUAAGCUUAAUAAGCGCAAUGUGGAUGUUUUGUGCGUUAGUAAGUUAACAAAAAGUGUGCAGCUGAAAUCGAUUGACAAGGUUUCAUUAAUGUUAACAACAAACUCUUCUUUUUUUUUAAUGGUCUGGAAUGAUGUAUGGGGAAAGGCUAAAAAGUGUUGAAGUAAACUAAUAACACAUUUCAGAGAUGUUUCAUGAGUGUUGACGCUCAUACCGUAAACCCACAAUUGAACAGAAGUUGGACGUGGAAACCAUGUCACCCCACACCAGCAAAGUCACCCUACAUGUACCAGCAUGAUGUUGGCCACACGGUCUCAGAACCAGCACUAACACAUGACACCUACUACAAGGGCAACACUACACCACCGUCCUCCCUCUCUUCCCAAACGUGUCCCUUCAGAUGGGUUAUUUUUUACCCUGGCUUCCAUUUUCUGUUACCUUUUUUAUUUGGAUAGAUCUUUGUUUUCCCCUCAAGAGUACAACAUAGAUUAAAACCAUUUCUUUCAUCAUAGUGUUUGAGGAGGAUUUUCUUAUAUAUUAAGAGUCAGAAUCAUAAAAACCCACCAUAAUCAUUAGAUAUAAAGAUACAGUAUAUGCCUUUCAGAGUAAAAUUAUAGAGGGCUUCCUUGGCUUUGGGUCUAUCUAGUUAAGUUUGGUAUGUUUAAUGAGCACAUUAUGUUUUCUUUUGCUUGUUUUUAUUUUUUGGCAUUGCUCUUUUGUUAGUGAUUAUUCUACAUGUGUAUUUAAUCCACAAUGACUUGUAAUAUUUAUUUCUAUUGGAUUCAUAUUUCUUUUUUAUGGCUGUUAAUAUCUUAACUUUUGGUAUGAUUCCUGAAUCACUAAAUAAAAUAUGCAUCCAUCUGGACCACCUUUAACAAAAUCGGUGGGGAGCGUCUGCUGUUCCCUCUACCAGCUCUGAUAAAUUUGAUCAUACUGAUUAUACCGUGCAAUUUUUUUGUUCUGUGUGAAUUUAUGGAAGAGUGUAUGAUUUGUAUGGCAUAAUAGUCCUUAACGUUUCUGUCUGGAAUGGUUUUAAAUGAAAGAAUAAAAUAGAAUACACUUGUCACUG